UUGGAAACACCAUCCAGAGGAGGCGGCCGGUUCCGUUCAGGCCGGGAGCGGCCCGUACCCGACGCACUGAGGCGGAGGGCGCACGGCGGCGGGCCCGGGCCGCGGCAGGGGCCGAAAAAAGGAGCCUCCCAGAAUGGCCAGCAGUCCUGGAAGUAAUGCAUCCCACUCCCAUGAGAAAACCAUACUCUCAGAAAGUUCUCAAGCAAAGAAAUCGCAGUAUUCUGAAGAGGAGACCUUUUACAUGAACUGCAGAGCAGCCUACCUAGCUGUUUUUAAAAGCAGCUUAGAAAAUAUUAAAUCAAAAGAACAACUCUGUUUAGUGCUUCAACAGGCUGGAAGAAAUCCAUCUCAGAAGAUGGUUAAUCAGUACUGGACUCCCCAGACCACCACACUGAAUUUUGAUGAUUUUUGUAAUAUCUUAAAAAAAGAAAAACCAGCUACAAAAACAGAACUGCUCAAAGCAUUUUUAAAAGUAGAUACAAAUAAUGAUGGAUAUAUUUUGCACACUGAACUUUAUAAAAUUCUGACAAUGAGAGGUGAGAAGAUGACUGUAGAGGAAGUGAAUGCCAUCACUAAAUUGGCUGAUGUAAACAGCAGUGGCAAGCUUGAUUAUAACAAGUUUUGUAAAUUAUAUAUGACAACCAAUGAGCAAUGUCGUAAGACUGCACUAGAGAAACUAGAAGUUGACAGUAGACUGAGGCGUCAGCAGUUUGGAAGUCAAGUUGAAACCUCUGAAAGAGCAACAUCACCAAUUUCAAAACCAUCAUCAAGGACCACAAGGAAAACUGAUCACAAGCCAGCACCAAAGAGAGGUGACAGCAGAACUUCUUCAAGGCCUUCAUCAGCCCAAAGUUGCAAGGCAUCCGUUUCUUCCACUAUCUGCCUGGGCACCAGCGGUAACACAAAUUCAGAGCUAAUUGAGCCAAACACAGUAAAGGAUUGGCAGUGUGCACAGUCCAAAGGAUGCUUCUUCUUAGAGGAAGAUGGUGAAAUCAUUACUCAUAAAUAUAGGUUGUACUUACCUCAAAGGUCAACAGUAUAUAUCACCAUUAAACCUUUAAACCUUAGCCAGUUAGAAGGAAAAACUUCUCCAUGGUUAUCAGUGGACACAGCUUUGUAUGUUCUCAGGGAAAAUGAAAGCCAAGAAAACCUACAGCUUGUGAGCUUUACUGAAGUACAAAAUAAAGAGAUGUUUAUGUGGAAAGGUGAACUGGGAUCUGGUAUUUACUGGCUAAUUCCAUUCACAACUGGCUGUAAGCUCAAGAAGAUAAAAAAGCAAGUUACUGGAGAAGCAAAACUGGUUUAUAGAGAUGGAGAUGGAGAGCUGGCCCUUACCAAAGAGUUCAAAGCAGCUUUAUCAGAUAUAUUUGAAAUGAUUGAUUUAGAUGGAAAUGGCCUUCUGAGCCUGGAAGAAUACAAUUUCUUUGAACUGAGGACUAGUGGUGAGAAAUGUGAUGAGGAAGCAUGGGCAGUAUGCAAGGAGAAUUUUGACACAAAGAAGAAUGAGCUAACAAGACAGGGAUUUAUGGAUUUGAAUCUCAUGGAGGCCAAUGACCGUGAAGGGGAUCCUAGUGACCUUUGGGUCACUUUACUGUCACUGGGCUACAAUAAAGCACUGGAAAUGACAGAGGCAUGCCCCUUUGUCAUUGACAUCUAUGCAGAAAAAUGCAAACCCAGAAUUAAAGCUGUUUAUCUGGAGGCAGGCAGCAGGCAACUUAACAGGGCAAUUUGCAAGUCUGUUGUUAACAAAGGAGAUGCCAAAGUACUGGAUAGUGGUGAAAGUAUAAUUGUCUAUACCUACAAAAGUGAUACACGGAUCACUUCUGUUAUUGAAAAUAAGUCUGAAAACAAAGUGAUUAUUCAUGUCAACAAUGAGCAGAGUAAGAACUGUGUAAAUAACAGGGGACUCAACAUUUUUGCUGUUGAAGUGGCACCAAAAUCCAUGAUGGUUUGUCAGCAUGUGAUGCCUUUGAAAGAGCAAGAAGAAUGGAUAUAUAAUUGUGUGCAUUCUCUUGUACCUUAAACACCAUGUUUAGAAAACAGUCCACUCUUGGAGCUACUAAAACAAGAACUAAAUCAGGAUUGUCCUGUGAUUAAUAGAUAAAUUGAUUAAUCUUGUCCAUUUCAAAACCAAGACUGAUACAGAUCAUUUAUUUUGUAUCUAUGCUUUGCUCCCAUGGUUUCAGCUAUUCAAGCCAAUGAAUCACAAAGCCUGACUUCAAUCUAUCCAGUCCCUCAGAUCUGAUGGCCAGAUAUGGCUUUUUGUGACUGCAAAGCCUGCAGCCACAAGCCCCCCGCACCGCACUCUGCCGAUUUGAGGGAAUUAGAAAUAUAUAUGCUUUCCUUUGUUGGAGAGGAACACAGCCUUGAAAGCAUAAAUCAGCUGGUAGGCUUGAAAGGAAUAAUCAUCUGCAGAAGGAACACACACACACACACACUUUUUACAUAAAAUGAAUCAUUUAUGUUUUGAAUGUAUCCCAAAGAACCAGCUUGCUAUGCCCUCUCUCACAUCCUUAGCUGGUCCUGGGCAUAAGGGUAGACAGUGGUCAUUGACAUGUAGUGGAAGUGCAAGUUAUUGUUUUUCAGCUGUGCCUCACAAAUGCCAAGGCUGGCUCAGCCAACCGUCUUUCCUAUAGCUUGCUGUGCAGUCCUACAUGUACAACUGUCUCUCCAUCCAACUGCUCUUUCCUUUUGGAUAUCCCACCACUAUCUCAAACUCCUCGUAUCAGAAACUGAGCUUCUCUCUCUCCUCUUUGCCACCAUUGACAACUUCACUCCAUCCAUGUCACGCCACCUCUAAUUUGGUGUCGGUUUUGACUCCUCUCCUUUAUAUCCAGUUUUUUGGCAAACCCAAUUUCUUCUUCCUCCAUAUCUCUAAAAUCUAUCCCUUCCUCUCUGUCAAUGACACUGUGUUAAAAAUCUGACCCGUUAUCUUUUACCCUGAUUAAUGUAACUUCUACCUCCAGGCGUCUCUUCUCUCCACUCAGGGCCGGCGCUUCCUAGGCGCAGUU